CAAUGUGCGCGUGUAACAAAAACAAAGAAAAAAUAUUGAGGGCAACACGAAGGCCGUUUGGUCGUGACUGGUGAAAUGUCGGCAGGGAAACAAAAUCCCCACCUCUCUCUCUCUCUCGCUGUAGGCUUCUUUUCAGUUUUCCUCUUUAGAAGCCACUUCUAAUCUAGGUCCUCGUGGGUGACGAAAGUUUAGGUCAGAACCGUGGUUUUGAGAUCUGGAUCUGCAUUUUUGAUGGAUUUGUGAUGCGGGCUUUGGAGAUUCGUGAUUUUCCUUCUUUCUGAUGCGCUGGAUGAGGAUGGUGGUCCGAGAUUUGUCCGUCGUAUUUGCUCGUGUCCUUUGAUUGGGGUUUUUAGGUGCAACUGCUCUCGCUUGAUGGGAUCGAGGACGACUAAGGUCUUGGUUGCUGUUAAUUUUGUUAGUCAGGGCAGAUUCCAGUGAGGACCAUUCGAAUUAUCGUUCGUGAGGAAUUUGGGUGUUUCGAUCUGAGAGUUUGAGGCUUUCUUUCUGUUUUCUGUUCCAUCAAUGGCGACUUCUCCAUUUCUUAUGGAGGAUCAGACGGAUGAGGAUUUCUUUGACAAGCUUGUGGAUGACGAGUUCCGGAUCGAUGGUUCUUCUGCAGCUGAGUUACACGAGGGUAAUGAUUCCGAUGGGAUCAACGAUGUGCCCCCUGUUGACACUUCUAUAGCGAACCUUUCCUUGAGUGAACCGGAGAACCGUGCAGAAGUUCAGGGGCACGAGGCUGUUGUAGAAAAACCUGGCGUCAGUAGCUCGACCGAAUUCAAAACAGAGAGACUAAAUCAGGUUGCAGAAGAGAGUAGUUCCGAUGUGCUUGCUGAGUCCGAGGAGCCUGUCAUACCAGCAGAGUUGGUUGCACAUGGUGCCGGCGCCGAUGCCCAUCUCAGCAAUUCAGAGUCAGAUUUUCCGUCUGUUGAGGGUUCUAAACAGACUCGGACAAGCGUGAAGGAGGUGCAGUGGAGUAGUUUUCAUACAGAUAUGGGGGAUAAUGAUUUUGGUGGUUUUGGUUCUCACUCAGAUUUCUUUGCUGAAUUGGAUGAAAAUACAUCUAGACAGACGGGAGAGGAGCAUGGCACCACAUUCCUAUCAACAUCUUUGCAAUCUCAAUCGCAAAAUCAAGCUGGUUUUGUUCAAGGGAGAACACAACAAACUGAUGCAAUCAGUGCUGGCCUGCGGUCAUCUGCAUCUUCCGUCUUUGAUACUUCUUCUGUUCUCGAUCCCCAGAAGGAGGUCGUUGCGAAGGACUCAAAUGGUUGGGCUGCAAACAUCGAAUCAGAAGCUCAUGCUCACAGCACAGAGGAUGCCACAUCAUACGAGCAGCUUCAAUAUAGUCCUGAGUAUUGGGAAAGCCUCUACCCUGGAUGGAGGUAUGACCACAAUACAGGGGAAUGGCACCAGAUAGAUGGUUAUAAUGCUGCUGCUUCUAGCUCCAAUGCUACUGUUGCAAGUGCCAUGGAGAUUUCUCAAGAAAAUGGGCUUCCAGGAGCUUCUGUGAGUAAUGUAUUGACAGAUCACGGGUCAGAAAUUUCUCAUUUGCAGCAAAAUUCACAGCCUGUUGUGGAAACUGUGGGCGAUGAGUGGAAGACUUUGAGUGCUUCUAGCUGGAAUGAAACUUCUCAUGAUAAUUUUGGAUACCCUUCUCACAUGUAUUUUCAUCCUGAUUAUCCAGGUUGGUACUAUGACUGCAACACUCAAACGUGGCAUCAACUGGAUGCACAAGUCAAUCAGUCUGGGCAGAUGGUUGGUAGUAACUUUGAGCAAACAUACAGCCAGCAAAGUCAGAACGAUGCUGAUUCUUCUGCCCCCUUGGAACAUAGUACUUCUACGAUUCCAUCUAAUAAACCAGGCCAGGUAGAAGAACACUUCAAACAAGAACAAGCAAGUGAUUGGCACCCGACUGUCAGCAGCUAUGUUCAUAACGACCAAGCACUGGGUUCUCACCAGCAAGUGUAUUCCCAGUGGGGUUCUGUUGGCGAUGCUCCUGAGUACAUUUCUGCUUAUAACCAAACCAAUGGACAGACAUUUUCUCAGGGGAAUAUGAAUCAAUCAGCAAGGAAUAUGAGAUAUCACAUGGAUCGACAGAUCAGUCAUGAGACACCAGAAGCUGUCUCCACUUACUGGCAAGCAACUAAUAGCUAUGAAAGUGAGAUUGGUGGAUCAAGGAGCCAAAACUUUUCCUUUCCUGGCAGAACGUAUGGUUUUGAUCAGUCCAGUGUUAUGCAGGGCAAGCAGAGCGACUACGGCUAUAGCUCUUACAGGGAUCAGCAACCAUCAAAUUAUCUCCAGGCAGGAGACUUCUCUCACUCAUCUGUAUCUCGUGGUUCUGCUGUGGAGAGAACAUCGGCUGGCCGUCCUCUGCAUGCUUUAGUAACAUUUGGAUUUGGUGGUAGAAUUGUCGUCAUGAAAGUAAAUGAUCCUUUCAGCAGAAAUUCAGCACUUGAGAACCAGGAUCCAGCAGGUGGCAUGAUUUCACUCCAUAAUAUGAUGGAGAUUGUGAAAGAUAAAUCUGGUGAUGAAAGCUAUAAAAGCAGUGCAUGCGAUUAUUUUCAUACUUUAUGUCAGCAAUCUUUCCCUGGCCCACUUGUUGGCGGAAAUGUUGCUAACAAGGAUGUUCUUAAAUGGGUUGAUGAAAGAAUUGCCACUUGUGAAUCUUCUAAUGUUGACUAUAGAAGGGGGGAGUCAUUGCGCUUGCUAUUCUCAUUGCUAAAAAUUUCCUGUCAGCAUUAUGGAAAACUGCGUUCUCCUUUUGGUGUUGAAGCAACAUUGCAGGAAAAUGAUGGACCUGAAUCUGCCGUAACUAAGCUUUUUGCAUCCGCUAGAAGGAAUGGUACACAGUUAACUGAGUAUGGUGCUUGUACACGAUGUCUGCAAGCUGUGCCUUCCGAAGUACAGAUGCGGUCUACUGCGAUUGAAAUGCAGAAACUUCUUGUUUCUGGUCGUCGAUUAGAAGCUCUUCGAUGUGCACAAGAAGGUCAAUUAUGGGGUCCUGCUCUGGUUCUUGCUGGGACGCUUGGUGAGAAGUUUUAUGUAGACACUGUAAAGCAAAUGGCACAUCACCAGUUUAUGUUUGGGUCGCCUUUGCGAACACUUUGUUUGCUUAUAGCUGGACAACUGGCCGAUGUAUUUUCUUCUGAAAGCACAAUAAGUCCUAGACAAUCUGGGGCACUUGGUGUUUAUCAGGCUCCAGCUCAGACUUCUGCAAGUAGCGUGCUUGAUGAUUGGGAAGAGAAUUUGGCUAUUGUAAUUGCAAAUAGAACGAAGGAUGAUGAGCUUAUGAUCAUUCAUCUUGGUGAUUGCCUUUGGAGGGAGACAGGCGAGGUUUCUGCUGCUCAUGCCUGCUACUUGAUCGCUGAGACAAACUUUGAGGCAUUUUCAGACACUACUAGGCUGUGCCUAGUUGGUGCAGAUCACUGGAACUCACCACGGACAUAUGCUAGUCCCAAUGCUAUUCAGAGGACAGAGUUGUAUGAAUAUGCGAAGGUUCUGGGCAACUCUCAGUUUGUCUUGCAACCAUUCCAACCAUAUAAAGUUGUGUAUGCACACAUGCUGGCUGAGGUGGGAAAGGUCUCAGAAUCUUUGAGGUAUUGUCAAGCUAUACUCAAGGUAUUGAAGAAUGCUGGUCGUGCGUCUGAGGUUGAAUCAUGGAAGCUUAUGACAUCUUCCUUAGAGGAGCGGCUUCGCACACAUCAGCAGGGGGGAUAUGCCUCAAAUUUGGCUCCUGCUAAGUUGAUGGGAAAGGUUCUAACCAGCAUUGAUCGAUCUAUUCACCGCAUUAUUGGUGCCCCACUGCCACCACUGCCUCCAGCAGGCCAAACUAAUGCCCAUAAUGUUGACACUGAUGACCAGCCUGGAGUUGCCAAGUUGUCAACUGGACCGCCCAGGACAAGUGUUGCAACGCUGAUGCCAUCAGCAUCAAUGGAGCCUAUUAGUGAAUGGGCGGGUGAUAACAGUAGAGUGUCAAAGCACACAAGAAGUAUUUCUGAGCCAGAUUUUGGAAGAAGCCCAAGACAGGGUCAGAAUGCAGAAGUAUCCCCAUCCGAUGCACAAGGCAAAGCAUCAAACUCUGCUGGUGCGACUCGUUUUGGCCGCUUUGGUUCACAGCUUCUGCAGAAGGCUGUGGGCUUCGUCUCAAGAUCUCGUCAGGCUAAGCUAGGAGAGAAGAACAAAUUCUAUUAUGACGAGAAGCUCAAGAGAUGGGUGGAAGAAGGUGUUGAUCCACAAGCUGAGGCUGCUGAACUGGCACCACCCCCAACUUCUGCUGCAUUUCAGACCGCUGCACUUCAGGCUGAUUCAUCAAGUCACAGCAUGAACAGCACCGUUGCAAGUCAAAACGCUUUGCCUAAUGGUGUACUAGAAGCCAAAAGCACCUUUUCCUCUGACUACAAUUCUGGCAUUCCACCAAUUCCACCUACCACAAACCAGUUCUCAGCACGUGGGCGGCUUGGUGUUCGCUCUAGGUAUGUGGACACAUUCAACAAGGGUGGAGGGGCAGCUCCUCCCAGCACCUUUCAGACACCUGCUCUUCCUUCUGCAAAGCCUGGUGGUACGGCAGCCAAAUUUUUUAUCCCCACUCCCACAUCAGCUGAAGUUAAUCUGGAUCAGGCUGCAGAAGCGGCUGCAAUUGAAACCAGCCCAGGACCUGCUUCUAAUGAUAUUCCUGUAUCAUCGUUGUCAUCAUCAUCUCCACCACCACCACCACCAUCUGGUAUGUCGUCAGCAUCAUCGUCCAUGCACAGAUUUCCAAGCAUGGAUAACAUCACCCCGGUUAGCAGGGGAAAGGGGGGCCUAGCAAAUGGAUCGGCCUUUCUAUCUUCUCGUUCUCGUGCUGCUUCAUGGAGUGGUGGUUUUCUAGAAAGUACUAAAUUUGAUGAUACAAGACCACUGUCCGAGACAUUGGCCAGUCCAUCCUUGCUCGCAGGAUCUCCUCCUGGCCACUUUGUGCCGGUCCCCAGCCGAAUGAGCAUGUCACCAAAUGCCAGCAGUUUUGGGGAUGACCUACAGGAAGUUGAGCUCUGAUGAAUGCUUGCUUGAUACAACUCAUUGUUUUCUUCAGCAGGCAUGCGAAAGCGCUUGGCGCAGAAGGGGUUUUCGAUCUUCCGCAGAAAGCAAGGUGAAACAUCUUAUCGUCUAUUAGCUGGUUUUCAUUUUCUGUGGCUCUGGUGUUUUGCCCUGCAUGUAGUGCCUUCUGCCUGCUUCUCUCUCUCUCGCUGUGGGAGAACCUCAUUAGCGAGAAAACCUUGGUCGGUGGCUUUCUUUAAUCGGAUCAGAUAGGGACCGACCUUUGUACAGCCAAUUUGUUGAUUUAUUGGAGACUGAAAUUGGAAAGAUGUUUUUAAGGUCAGGGAGUUUCUACCCGCAAGAAGGGUAACAUAGGAAAUUGAGAAUUGGAAAUUUUGUAAUCUCUCAUAUAUCUUCCACUCGGCAUGUACGGUGGUCGAUUGAGCAGUGGCAUAAUGAUCGGCAUAAUGAUCUGAAGUACCUGUUUUUGGAAGUUGGUGACAUUGACAGAUGCAUCUAUAAGAACCACAAUUUUAUUAUAUGAA